UUUCUCGGUGUCAUAUAACGGUUGCCAUUCUUUAUUUGAUUUUAAGGUGCAAAGGUUCUAGUGAAUGUUGUGUUUGAAAAUGUUAAAUGAUAACUCUAGGCAGGUUUACGCAAGUUUUUUUUACUUAAUUAAACGUUUUUACCAUCCGUAAUAUUACAAUAUCACUUCAGAUAUUUCUUAGGAUUGACAUCAUGUAUGUGGAAGAGCUUACGGGCUCAAGCAAUGAAGCCAGUGUGUGUAUUACGGAUGCCUCGUGGUCCAGAUGGCAGCAGUCGUGGGUUUGAUCCCACUUCAGAACGUUACCUGGCACUUUGUCCUACCACAAUCUCAUCCUCAGAUUCUGCAGUGGACUCAGCAACGUUCGUUGAAGAGCAGAAGGCACGUACAGUUCUAAGAGAGCGGUACAUACGCAGCCUUCUGGCCAUGGUGAAAAAAGAUGUUCACUUCACCAUGUAUGAAAGAGUCAAAGUAAAUGCAGUGUUUGGUGCCUCUGACAUAGAUAUCCUCAACUUUCAAGUGUCUGAUUUACAGACACCACUAGGAGUUCAGAAGGAAGCUUUGAUCAGGUGUCCUGAUAUCAUUUCUUACUCAUUCAGCAUAGAUGCUGGUCUGAAAGAUUGACAGUUCAUCAAGCAUGAACUCAAAGCUGAAAAGUCUCCAAUCCAGUUACUUAAUAUGAUGACAGAUUAAGUUUACCUGAGACUUUCAUUUCUUUUCCUGGUUGUUAAAGAGACAUGUUCAACAGUAUUGUCUUUUCAUUUUAUAACUUUGCAAUACUGUUGUAUAUAAUACUUUAUUUUUAUAUUGCAUUAGUACUGGACUACUGGCUCCAGCAGACCCACGUGACCGUGUAGUUAUUAUAUAGCGGAUUGGAUGAUGGAUGGAUGGAUUAGUACUGGACUAGUUAAAUAUGUUAAAUAUUUUGAUUUGAAUUAUUACUGUAAAUAGAUAUUGCAAUGUCUGAAGUGCUUAACUUAUUUGUAUGCAAGAUAUAUUUUUUUUUUCCUAAAGGAUGCUUAAAUUUGCCUCUGUAUAUUCUUUACUUGUUUUAAGGAGGUUUGAAAAUGUAACUGUGGUUUUUGAUGUUGUGCUCUUCACAGAGGUCAAGCUCUGAAUGCUGCUCUGACCAGCAAACUCCAAAAGUGUUUGAUACAUUAUACUUAGUUAGCUGAUGCUUUAACUUAAAUCAACUACAACACCUUGGCAGACAACAAUAAUGUGAGUGCCCAUACUUCUAUAUUGGGAGCACUGGAAGAUGCAUUGACUCGUUAACUAUCACACAGUGACAUAUUUUAUCUGAAGUUUGACUCACAGCUUAUUAGGCUAUAAUCUGCUGCCUUAUCCAAUUUGGUCACAUUGGCUGCAACCGAUACAGAAAGGGAGUCAUAUAUAAAAUACUAUUAGUGUGUUGAGCCAUUGCAGAGAUUUUUUGGUGGAAUAAGUUCUGAAGAUGGAAAGGAUUUGGGGCCUUAGGAUCAUUAUAUAGUAUAAACCCUGUUGGAUAUUGUAAUUGAGUUAUUUUAUCAUUUUGAACUUACCAGUCCUAAUUCCGUCACAUGUAAAAACAACAUAUAAUGGGCAAAAGAUGAGACCACCAAUAUGAUGUUAUUUAGCAGUGUUUUCAGUCCCCAUGUUCUUCCAUAACAGCUUAUAUACCUCAUGCCAGUGUCUGGAAUUCUGCAGGAUAGAUGCAUUGCCAGUCAGUUUAUACCUUCUUGAUAAGUUGAAGGACACAGCUGCAGAUAUUAUUCCAGAAUCUACUAUAAAUACUCGAUAGAAUAUAGAUUUGGUACGUAAGAAGACUGAGUAACAAAGUGCAUGGACUGGGUUGUAUCCUGGAAAACACACUCAAAGGGACGGAAAGAGGUGGUAAAGUAUGGAGUGAAGAUGAUCACACAAAGCAAUAAAGAUGACAUUUCUAAUU